AUGUCCACGUUGUCCAAUGCUGAGAAGCAGAAAUUAUUGAGAGAGAGAAGACAGGCCAAAAUGAAGGCCAAUGGAGGGGAUCGUUUGAACAAGAUCACUAGUUCCAACUCUUCUUUUGCGUCCACCUCAACACCACUCCAGAAGUCUGAAACCACCACCAACAGUAACACUGAAAAUGUCAUCCCUGAGAAAGUUGCGAAAACUGCAUCUACUGGAAAUACCAGAAGUAACAGAAUAUCAUCCAUUCUUGAUAAUCCACCUCCAUCGUUGCUAAACCUCAAGGAUGAAUUUGACUCCAAAUCACUGGCAAUCCAAGAAGAAGAUCCAGACGUGGCUGACAUUGACGAAAUAGACAUAAUAAGGAAUAAAGCAUUCAAUGCAUUGAGUGGGGCAGAUAAAAAAGGGACGAGUAGUAACUCAGCUGGCUCAUUUCCUCUACAAGGAGAUGAUAUUUUCAGCCAAAAUGAUUUCAUGAAGAGUUUCCUCGGAGGCUCCAAUCUUGGAGGGUCUCCAGGUGAUUCGACUCAGGACUUAUUUGGCAAAUUAAUGUCAAACCCAGAUAUGGCUAACAUGUUUGGCGGGGACGGCAGUAUUCCAUCAGGCGGACAAUCUACAGCUCCAUCGACUAUUGCUUAUGAUAGUUACAGAUCAAGUCAAUUUAAGGCAUGGUACCUUGUUUUUAGAAUGUUAUCGCUCAUGGCCAUAUCAAUAUAUUCUUUCUUCACCUUGCAAAUUCGGUUUUAUUUCGUUGAAUCCUCUACCAAUGAUCGUUAUUUCCUUGAUGAUACCAAUACCUUCAAGAAGCUUUUCAUUGCAAUGGAAACGGUCUCUCUUUGCUACUUCAUCCAAUAUUUGAAUAGUAUUGACUAUCAGUUUCAAUAUGAUUCGAUCAUUCCACAAUUUGUGAUUUCAACUGGCCAAAUGUUCCUACCUCUGAAACUUAUUAGUACUGCAAAUGCUGCCAACAAGUACUAUCAGGUUUUUAAAUUUUUCAGUACCGAUGUUGCUAUUGUUGUACUCGCAUUGACUUUGCUUUCUCUUAUUUUCUAA